AUGAAACGACGAAUCAAGGCUGGCGAAUAUACUUUUCACUCGCCUGACUGGGACUGCAUAUCAGAUGAAGCAAAGAAUUUGGUACGCAGAUUACUGGUGACAGAUCCAGACAAAAGAAUGACAAUUAAGGAAUUUAUGCGUGACCCAUGGAUUCGACGGCACAAAAAAGUACCGAAAAGUAUUCUUAGCACACCGAGCAAUUUGAACGAAGAAACUGUUACUGAAAUUGAGGAAGCGCUAGAAAGGGAAUUGACCAGCAUGCGUAUCCUGGACAAUGCUGUGAUACUAAAACCAAUAGUGGAAUCAAAAAGCAACAUGUUGGAACGCAGAAAAGGUGCUGUCGACGAGAUUCUGAGCCGUUAUAACGAGAAGCUAAAGUCCUGCAUGGGAUCGGUAAAGGAAGUUCUGGUCGAUUUACCUAACGGAACAGUGGAAAUGCAAUAUGUCACUGAAAAACUGGAAGGAAAUGAAAACCAUACAUGA